AAAGGAAAACUAACUUUGAAAAUAUUAUUUACAAUCAAUGAUAUCAUCAUCACAUUUGAUAUAUAGUACUUAAUAUAACACUUAUAUAGUAGAUAGAAUUGAUAAAUGUGGCUAACUAACAAUGUAAUAUAAUAAUAAAUCGUCGGAUAGAUAAAAAAUGUAAAAUACCAAAAAAUAUGCUUCCCUAAACGAUGUGUCUUUAAUUGUUUCUUUAAUAAAGUAAUACUGCCAAUAUAAUAUUCCCAAGACUGGAUGGCAAUGCAUUCCAUAAGACUGGAGCAGCAACCGCAAAGGCUCUGUCUCCAGUUUUCUUGGCUGAUUUGAUUUUGGGCCUUGCAAGAAUGUGGUUACCAACAGACCUUAGGUUAUAGCUGGACUGUUUAGGAGAUAAAAAUAUAUGCAGGUGCUAGACCAUGUACAGCUUUAAAGGUAAAUAAAGUAACUUUAAAAAUUAUUCUAAAUUUCACAGGCAGCCAAUGGAGGUCUACCAUGACAGGUGUGAUAUGCCUGCAUGGCAAGUUUGUGAGAAGUCUUGCAGCUGUGUAUUGCAUGCGUUGUAGUUUAUUCUUGUAGAUAACCGGUACACCAUAGAAGACUAAAUUGCAAUAAUCCAGGUAGCUGAUGACUAAUGCUUGAACUAAUGUCUAUGCAGCUUCAAAUGAUAAAAAUUUACGUUACGUCUUAUAUUAUAGAUAUAAUAAAAUGCUGACUGGCAUGUCUUGUUAAUGUGUUUCAAAUUGAAACUUAGAGUCAAACUAAACACCGAGAUAUCUAGCUUCGCUUACAGACGACACGGCAGUAUUGGCAACUAAGAGACUAUCAGUUUGUACUUUGGAGAGCUGUUGGCGGGUCCCAAUUAACAUGAACUCAGUCUUGUCCUCGUUAAGCUUGAACUUAUCAGCAAUCUGAUGCACUGCUCCAUGGCCCACCUGGCGUCUGUCUCACCAACCUCAUUGUCCGGUUUGAAUGAGAGGUACAAUUGGGUGUCCUCAGCAUAUGCGUGCGCAUGGGGCAAAUGAGUCUUCGUUACAUCAAAGAGCUUGCUGGCAUAAACAGAAAACAGAAGAGGACUGAGGCAUGAUCCCUGACCGGCACACCAAAUGACAGAUGGCAUCUCUCUGACAGUUUUCCGUCCACAAUAACUCACUGGGUCCGACCAGAAAGAUAAGAGCCGAACCAUUUGGGAGCAACACUGGUGACACCAAAUGAGAGGUGGUCUGAGCAAUAAAUUAUACAUUUGUUCCCUCCCUGAAAGUUAUGGAGUUGGGAAAGAAGAGAAGAGAAAAGUUGUUCUGCGCAUCUAUGGUCCGCUCUACGAUGAACUUGUUACAAGUAUUGGCUGCCUGAUUGCAGAUUCUGUUGUUUUUGCCUUGCUUUCGGAAUGGAAUGUUGGACCAAAGCUUUUUGCAAUAUUUCCUGAGGGUAGAUUGGAGGAAUUACUUCCGGCAAAAAGUCUUACAAGAGAGGAUCUGGCAAAACCUGAAUUAUCUGUGAGAAUUGCACAAAAAACGGCAGAGUAUCAUCAGUUACAGCUACCUCUCCGCAAGGACCCAGAUUAUUUAUGGAACACAAUAUCUGAAUGGUGUGAAGAAGCCCUGCAAACACAUUUUAAUGAACAAGAUAAAGCUGUGAAGUUGGCCAAACUCAAAAGUGUAGAUUUAAAACAAGAAUAUGAGUUUUUGAGACACUAUUUAGAGACGGCAACUUCACCAGGACCAGUUACAUUUUGUCAUAAUGAUCUCCAACAAGGGAAUAUUCUGAAAGUCUCCAGAGAAUUGCAAGAAAAUAAUGAGGAAGAUUUUGACUUAAAGCUGAUAGACUUUGAAUUUAGUGCCUACAACUACAGGGCUUUUGACUUAGCAAACCAUUUUUGUGAGUGGAUGUUUGACUACUCUGUUCCUCCUCCGCAUUAUUUUGCUAUGUCCCUCAAAAGUUGGCCCAGCAAAGAACAGCAGUUGAUCUUUAUCAGAGCGUACCUUGGAAAAGUUGUAAAGGACAAUAAUUACACAUUAGCUGAAUCUACAACUAUAGAGGAAUCAGAAUUGUUAGAUCAAGUUAACAGAUUUGCCUUGGCGUCCCACUUCAUGUGGGGUCUGUGGGGAGUUGUUCAACAACGACUGAACUCUGCUGCUAACGGAAUCCAAUUUAAUUAUUUGGAUUAUGGCUUGGCACGGUUUGAAGCAUAUCAUCAUCGAAAGAAAGAGUUAGGCCUCAUUUAAAGAACAAAAUUAUUUGACUUAUAGAUACAGAAGUGAUAAUUUAAGCACUAAUUUACUUGACUGUUGAAAAGCAGGUUAUUUGAAUACUGUAAGGAAAUUAUAAUUGCUAACAUCAAAAUUUUCUAUAAGAUCUGCAGAAUUUGUCGAUUUGUGACUUUUUCCUCGUUCCCUUUGUUUAUAGAUAGUACAAAACACACACACACUCACACUUAUAAACUCAAACCUAUAAAUACUUUUCUUGAAAUUAUGUUAAUGUAAAUAAUUAAAACUGAUUAAGGCAAGUUCAAAGAUAUCAUCAAAAUAACAAAUUAAUAUAUCAAUUGUAUUACUAUUUCUACCUCAUGAAAGGAAAACGAGUAACAUUUUACUAGUCAACAAAACAUGGUCUUGAAAAGUAUCAAGAUUUUACACUGUUAAAGCUUGUCCCGGUGAUAACUUUCUAAUGAUUAAAUUUGGAUGCUUUGUCAAAUUUUGGCGUCAAUUUUUUAGGGUUGGAUCGUGUUAUGUAUGUAACUGGUUCAAUGUAACAGGAAUUAAACUGAGCAUAGUUA